ACUGGUAAUCGUUUCUUCUGGCGUUUUAGGAAAAUUUUAGCUGGAAACUAAUCAAAAUGGUGAACUAUUAUGUAUACAAGACCACAAUAUUUUUUAUCAGUCUCUACAAAUCAAUAGAAAUGUUGUGGAUACGUUUAUUUCCAAAUUUCUACGAAGGCAUGCUUUGUGAUGUAUUAAAAAGUGGAGGCAUUGAUAUCAACGGGGACAAACCGUGGGAUAUUCAGGUCAAAAAUAAGGAAUUCUACCCUCGAGUUGUAAAUCAAGGUAACAUGGGGUUUGGGGAAGGAUACAUGGACGGAUUAUGGGAUGCCGAAGAUAUCGAAGAAAUUUCAUGCAGAUUCUUCAAGAAUGGAAUAUAUCUUUGGUAUCUGAAUCCAUGGAACAGAUUUCUUGAUUUCAUGGAAGGUGGCUUCUUUAACCUUCAGUCACAACAGCAUAGUUGGGAAGUGGGUGAGAAACACUAUGAUACAGGGAAUGACCUCUUCGAGUCAUUCCUUGACCCAUCCAUGAAUUACAGCUGUGGUUACUGGAAGUCGGCGAAGAAUCUCGCGGAAGCCCAAAUUGCAAAAAUGGAACUCAUUGCUCAAAAAUUGAUGUUGAAACCUGGGAUGAAAGUGCUUGAUAUUGGUUGUGGCUGGGGCGGUCUUUGUUACCACCUGGCCAAAAAUUAUGGCGUCUCUGUCGUUGGAAUCACAAUUUCCAAGGAACAAGCAGCCUUAGCACAACAGCGGUGUGAAGGUUUUCCCGUUGAAAUCAAGCUGGUCGACUACAGAGAUCUUAAGGAACAAUUUGACCGUAUCGUCUCCGUCGGAAUGUUUGAACAUGUCGGCCACAAGAAUUAUCGGGAAUAUUUCGAAACUGCGCACCGAUGUCUGAAGGAUGACGGCUUAUUCCUACUUCAGGCUAUUGGAACGAACCACAAGGAGCUUCCAUGUACCGAACCCUGGUAUCAUCGCUACAUAUUCCCUAAUGGAAUGUUCCCACGAGCCAAACACCUUACCAACUGCACCGAAGGACUAUUUAUUAUUGAAGACUUGCAUAAUUUUGGGAACGAUUAUACGAAGACGCUACAAGCUUGGAUAGUAAAUUUUAAGAAGAAUUGGCCCACAAUUGAAGGUAAAUAUGGACCAAGAUUUUACCGCAUGUGGAACUACUAUCUGCAAUUUGCGGCUGGAGUAUUCAAGGCUCGAAGAAUUCAAUUGUGGCAAGUCGUUUACAGCAAAAAUGGAGUUCAAGAUAGUUAUUAUGCACCUCGAUAAAAAAUUCAUAAUGUGCAAUGCGAUGAGAUGUGCACACUUUCUAAUGAGGAGGUUGUUUUAUUUGUUCUCUCAAAACUAGCUGAAUUACUGACUGAGUAGUUACAUAAAUAGCUGAAUAAAUAAUAAAUAACUUGUU